AUGAAAGCGGCAGAAGUAGGCCUACCAAUUUUUAAAAGACGAAUUCCCGCCAUUUCCACAAAAUGCAGCUUGUGGGACGCUUCAACCAGUGUUACGUCAUCUACCAACAGAACGUUUCACACUACCAGCGUAGCUGCUCUUAAUCAACCGUUACACCCCGAAACUCUACCACGACCAGGAGGAAUCGCAACCAUGAUGCGUCUGCCGUACCAAACUAAAGCGGACGGUCUUGAUGCAUGCUUUGUCGGAGUACCAUUAGAUAUCGGAACAGGCUACAAAUCCGGAACCCGGUUGGGUCCACGUCACAUCCGGAUUGAAUCCGUUGUUCUCCGGGCGUUUAACUGCAGUACAGGCGCGGCUCCGUUCGAUUCGUUACAAGUAGCUGAUAUAGGCGACUUAAAGUUGUCCAUGUACAAUAUCGAAGAAGCCGUAGUGGAUAUCGAACGUCAAAUACAAGUGAUCGUUGAUACCGGCUGUAUACCGCUCAUCAUGGGCGGAGAUCAUACCAUCACGUAUCCGAUUCUUAAAGCGAUCAAAAACAAGCAUGGUCCGGUCGGAUUGGUAAUGGUGGACGCUCAUCCAGACACUUCCGAUUCCAUAGAUGGACACAAAAUAGUUCAUUCGACACCAAUCCGUCGUGCGUUAGAGGACGGAUGCUUGAUUCCUAACAAAGUAGUGCAAAUCGGUCUCCGCGGAGGUGGAUAUUCGCCUGACAACUUCCUGUGGGGCAAACGUCAGGGAUUUAAAGUAGUACGCGCGGAAGAAUGUUGGCACAAGUCCCUACAACCCCUGAUGGAAGAAGUUCGCGAACUCAUGGGAGAUUCCCCUGUCUAUUUCACCUUUGACAUCGAUGGCCUUGACCCCGCAGUUGCCCCUGGCACCGGAGUCUUGGAACAUGGCGGAUUAACAGCAGUUCAAGGUCUGGAAAUUGUCCGAGGUUGCAAGGGUAUGAAUUUAGUCGGCGCAGACGUGACAGAAAUUUACCCACAAUACGAUCAAUGCGGUCGCACGUGUCAUCUCGGCGCUGAUCUACUUUACGAAAUGUUGUGCGUUCUUCCCGGCGUUGAGUACCACGAUUUGUAA